AUGCUGCCGAUUGCGAGAGCUGUGAUGAGCAGUCGCUCGCUGUCGACAUUUUCGAGAGUAUCGGCUGGGUUGGGUACGAGUGCGCUGGCAUCGCGCUCGCUGUCGACACUGCGAUCAUCUAGUGCCACCGCUGCGCCAGCCACGCCGUCCAUACUCACACUUCUCGGCUCACGAAGAAGCUUCAACCAACACCGACAUCAAUCCACAGCCACCAUCUCCUCCUCCUCCGACAUCUCACCACCCACCCCACCCACCACCGCAUCAUCCACACCGUUCGUCUCGAAACCCAUCGUAGCGCUGCACCUGUACGCACUCGCCUUCCUCGUCUACGCCAUCGUCGUCGUCGGCGGUCUUACGCGGCUCACCGAAUCCGGUCUCUCCAUCACCGAGUGGAACCCUGGUUUCAAAGGCAUGCGUCUCCCCACCACCACGCCGGAGUGGGAGGCCGAGUGGGACAAGUACAAGCAGACGCCCGAGUUCGUCCUGCUCAACUCCAAGAUGUCGUUGGAGGAUUUCAAGUCGAUCUACAUGUGGGAAUGGGGGCAUCGUGUGCUGGGACGCGUGAUCGGCGUGGCGUUCGUGCUGCCGGCGGCGUUCUUUGUGACGAGGAGGUGGGUGGCGGCGGGGACGAAGUGGAAGUUGUUGGCGAUUGCGGGAGGGAUUGGGUUCCAGGGGUUUUUGGGCUGGUUCAUGGUGAAAUCCGGGUUGACGGUUCCGAAGGGGAGUGAAGGCAAGGCGAAGAUGGUCCAAGUGCCGGUACCGGUGAUCAAAGACGAUCAUCCGAACGCGACGGUGGAUACGGAGGGUGGGAGGGUGAGGUGGGAUGCGACGACGAGCGUGCCUACCUCGUCAGCACAGACGUCGAUUGCUGCGGCGGAUUGGACCCCGAGAGUAUCGCACUUCCGCCUCGCGAUGCACAUGGGUACCGCCUUCCUAGUCUACCUCGCCAUGCUUCACACCGGCUUGGCGGUCCAACGAGACUACAAGGCCGCCACGCUCACCGGAUCCAUCUCGGGCAUCCGCGCCCGAUCUCAAGCUGCACUCAGUCAGCUCGCAAACACGCUCAACCACCCUCUGCUACGCUCGCAUUCGCGAUUCACCAAGCUCGUCGCUGGGCUGGUCUUCACCACCGCCAUGUCCGGUGCGUUGGUGGCGGGGUUGGAUGCAGGGUUGGUGUACAACGAGUUCCCGACCAUGGGAGACGGCCGGCUGGCACCGCCGAUGGAGGAGCUCAUGGACGAUCGCUUCGCUCAACGCUCCGAUGGCUCCGACAAGAUCUGGCGCAACCUCUCGCAAAACCCGGUUACCGUGCAACUCAUCCACCGCACUCUCGCCAUCACCACCGCCAGCACCGUCCUCUUCCUGGCGUGGAAGACGCACCGUCUCUCGCGCACGUACACCGCUGCCGCUGCCAACAUCGCCCAAGCAGGAUCAGGUCAAGUGUUGCCCCAAUUGCCACCGAGGGUGUUGACGUUGGCGAAUGCCAGUGUCGGCGUGGUGGUGGCGCAGGUGACGUUGGGGAUUACGACCUUGAUCUACAUGGUUCCGAUUCCGUUGGCUUCGGCGCAUCAGGCGGGCAGUCUGGCGUUGCUCUCGGUGCUGGUGGCGUUGAUCUCGGCGUUGAGGCCGAUUCCGGCGAGGAUUCUGGCAGGGAUGCGGGGUAGGAAUGCGCAGAUCUUGAAGAAGGUCCUGAUCAAGCAGGAGGGAGCGCACGCUGGAGCAAAGCGUGUCGGUGCGUAG